AUGAGCUCGCGGACUCUUUUUGCCGACUACGCCGGCCAAAAAUGCUAUACCCUGAUUGAAUCGGAUAUGGAGACAGAUGCGAUUCUGGAAUCGACUGAAGAUGCUGCAUUACGUUUCCUAAGCGGAGAGACUUUUGAUAAGGCAGAUAAGUUGGACUCAUUGCAGUUUACGGUUACCUUUGUGUGCAAUGACGGGCAAGAGACAUAUCGGGGAAAUUUUGAUAGCAGUAGCAGCGAGCCGUCAGGAAUUCUACAGGGUCUGGAAAAGACGGUUUGGCUGCAAUGGCUCAAGGAAGUGUUUUUGCGAGGCGAGUUUGAUCUUGACUACGAAUUUAAGGUGCUAGACACAGAGAAGAGCAGAAAAUUUGCAGUUACCAAAGACUUUCGAGGGGUGCCCAGUCGAAUAUUAUUUGAGAUAGAGUGUGAUAUCGUGGAUGGUGAUUUGUUUAAUCUCGGAGACGACAUAGCCAUCAAAUACGAACAGGAACUGGCGCUCAGGCGACGAAUAAGACAGCUGAUGCUAAAAAACGAGCAGCUGCAACGAGAUUUUGACGAGUGCCAAAAAAUCAAUGAGCACCACGCUACGGCUAGCCAACGCGUCCAGGAUCAGAUCGAGAAGGUCGUGAUUCCGAUGUUCAAUGAGAAAAAAAGGUUGUUGCGAGAGCAAAACGGGGUACCUGAAUUUGAGCCGUUCGAAAGCAUUAAAAAGGAGAAUCUUAUCAAUUGGCAGCGACCCGACGCUCCAGUGAAGUUUGAUUACAACGAAGAGCAUAAAGACAGAUACCAGCAAGAGAUUGAGCAAGUGUCACCACGCAAACGUAAGCGAAAGAUAGUUGUUCGCGACCCGACUCCGGACGACACGAGCGAAACCCAGGACGACGACUCUACUAUCUCGACAGACUCAACCAAAUCGGAUAUGUAA